AAUACUUUAAAUCAUUUUCUGUUGUUGUAUCAACAAUCCAAAACACAAUCACAGGUGAUUUGGGGUAAUGAUGCCAAAGAAUUCAAACAUGGCAAGGUCAAAUAAAUCCUGUUAGCAUUAAUGGAACAGAUUUAUAUGGAGUGUGUUUGCUCAGUGUCUAUCUGAACUUGUGCUUUCAGUAAAUGAUUUAUGGAGGGAGGUGAAGCAGAAGCAGGAUUUGAGAGGCAACGUUUUACAUGACCCUCUCUGUUCCCAGUUCUCUUUUUUGUGUUUGCCAAAACUGGAGGAAGAAAACAACCUUUCUGAACUUCAGCCAACCUACAGGGCAAGAAGUUUCCACUCAUAUGUGCCGCAACAAGGCAGGAUUGUAAAUAUGGGGUUCAGAUGCUACUGAGGAAAUCACAGUAACACUCCGUGAAGACAACACUGGAUUUUAUGUAAAACUGCAAUCUGUCUAUUUACCAAUGGCAUCAUUAGUAUGGGAUUAUGUGUUCUGUUUGCUUCCUUCUGUGCUGCUUCUGCUGGUGUCUCUGGGUCUCCGCUGGCCCAGGGUACGUUGUUGGACGAGGCUGGCUGUCUCUGCUGCAGGGUGGAGACUCUGGGUCCUUAUUUGCCUGAUCCUGGAGCUGCCACUAGACAAGAAUAUAAGACCAUGGAAUGAGGAGGCUGGAUCACCAGGGGAAUAUAUUCUGCCAGGCUCUGGUCAGGCAUCAGGCGGUCCCCGGCUCAUCUGCAAACCCACUGCGCUGGCCAAAUAUCUGCUGCGACACUGUGGCUCUCUGGCCUGGCCCAGACUAGCCUCCUGGCCCAGGGGAGACCCCCACCUGCAGACUCUGUCCAGCCUGCUGUGGGGACAACAUGGAGACACAUUACAGUUCACUAGGGAAAAUCUGUUACUGAGGGACGGGGGUAUUGUUGCUCUGGACUGGGCUAUGGGAACAAGACUGGGUGAGUUUGGAGGGAGGAAGAGGUGGGAGGGGAGGAAGGAGCACUCGUCCGGGGGGAAUGCACUAGGCUGCUUCACCACAACACCUCCUGUCCUCCUCCUCAUCCCUGAGUCCUGGGGGGGGAUGACUCCCCACCUUAAGGUGCUGUGCCACCAGGCCGUGCGUCAGGGCUUUAACGUGGUGGUGUUUCACACUCGAGGCACAGCGGGCUGUCCGCUGACCACGGUGCGGCUCACUGAGUUUGGAGACCCAGCUGAUCUCGAGCAGGUGGUGGCUUAUGUCCACAGCCGCCACCCUUCCUCUGUGAUGGUUGCUGCGAGUGAGGGAUCAGGCUCGGGGACUCUUCUCUCCUACUUGGGGGAGAGUGGAUCAAGUUCAUGUCUGAAGGCGGCUGCAGCCAUCUCACCUGUACUCCAGGGACAGCUGUGGUUUGAAACAGCCAUGCCUCCUGUGUACCGCUGGAGGGCGUUGAUUCACCGGAAACUGCAGCUCAGUAGAUAUGAGAGUUCCUUAAGAGGAGUCCUGGAUGUGGAUCGGGCCCUCAGCUGCUCCUCCCUCCGAGACUUUGAGGAAACUCUAUCCUGCUCUUCAGCUCCUAGACCUCCAAAAACCUCUCUGAAUUCUGGUCCGAGCUCGGGAUCUGAUUCCCCGAGGGGCUUGGCACCCUCAGUGGUCUGGGCCCUGGGCGAGAGGGCCUACCCAGCCAAGGACUGGGAUAACUACUGGGAGAGAAACGAACCUCUGAGAGAUGCAGAUGAAGUGGCUGUCCCUGUGCUCUGUAUCCGCAGCAGGGACGAUCCUCUCCUCCCACCUGCAACCACUUUGCCCCUUCCCCUUUUCCAGAGCAAUCCAUACUUCCUUUUAGUGCUGACAGAUAGAGGCGGACACUGUGGGUUCACUCUGGAGGGCCCAAAAGAGACAGAGGAGGGGAGGACUGGAAAUGAGUCAGAGGAGGAGGGAUGUAACUGGAGUCAUAUUGCAGUUCUGGAGUACUUCAGAGUAGUCGCCGAUUUCCUGAAAGGGGAAGAGAAGGAUGGGGAAUAUAUUCAGGCAGGGCAGAGAAGCAGGACCAGCAACAUGGCCCCCUCUCGCAGGAGGAGAGCCAACAUGAUGAGGAGACAGAGACUGCAGCCGACUGAAGAGAGGAGUGGGGAUGAAGAGGAUGGAAACUUCACCUGGAAGAGGUCUUACACCCGCUGAGGGGGAAGAGAAGGUGAAGGGGGAAAUCUGCAGAGAGAGACAGUUUGGAGAGUUUUGGGGUUUGAUCCUCGUCGUUCUCAAGUUAUUUUUGAAGCUGCAGUUUUAUGAUGAUACAAGGGCAGUUUACAAACAAAUGAAAAGGUAAAUCAUCAAAACUAUGAUGUGGACAGCCGAGUACACUGAGUCAAUUGAGUAACAUUGGUUAAGAGGACAUAUUAUCUUUGGUGAAGAAAUAAAUACAGCAUUAAGAACAAGUCUUGGUUUGUUUGAAAUUCAAGAAAAAAAAAAGAUGUGGACGUAUAACGUUCUAAAACAGCGAUUUACCUCCUACAAAAGAAAGAUAAUGCAUAUUAAACAAGAAGAAGAAA